CAUGCCACCCUCCGAAAAAGUACUUAUAACGCGUCCUGACACCGGAGAUGGGCAUCAGUCGUGACUUGUUGGUGAGAAACGGAGCUAAAGACCUCUACUCUCCUUUCAAAAAUCAACAGAAUCUGUCGGAGGGUCAGUAUCUCUGCUGGAUCGUCUUGAGCAGGCAAAGAAAUCAUUUUCAGAGCCCAUUGAUGUUCCCAUUGAGGAUUCAGAGGAUGUAUUAAUACUGUGGCUAACAAAGCUUAUAACAACAAAGGCAUUAGAAUUGAGUCCACAGGAGUCUGAAGCAGCAUGGAAGACACUUGAAGUUAUAUUGAGUUCAUCUCAUUUAGAGGCACUUGUCCAAAAAGGAUGGGUAUGUUUGUUGGAUUCAUGUUUUAUGGAGACUCUUGCAAGUCAUGUUGCAAAUGCAGACAGCAGUGUUCAGACUUAUGCAGUAAGGAUAACUUACAUUCUUCUGCAGAACCCCCGACUUUCACCAAUGGUAACACACCGUCCAGUACAUUGCUUGAUUUUACUUGAAGGUGUGAUCAAAUGGAUAAUGAAUGACCAUAGACAAGAUAAAAAUGUAAGUUUAGCAUUAAUGCUUACAAAAGAAAUUGGUUCUUUCAUGAAAAGCGAUAAUGACAGGAAGGCUAGUAUUUCUUCAGUUAUGGACCAUGUGUUUCUACCUUAUGUAAGGCUAUGUUCUACUUCUAACACUGAAGACUGUGAAAAUAUGAAAAAAUUAUUAUUUGAACUAAAACAGCUGCUGUCUUUUGGUCUAUUUAAUGAAACAUCAAAAGAGAUGUACAUGGACAUUUUGUCAGUAUUGUUUUCUGAAGAAACUAAAGUUACAUUACCUGCAGAUGGGAGUCAGAUUUUCUCGUCUCUUAUAAUGUUCAUUAACAGUGAACCUGUGGAACUAUGUAAACAUCUGUUAUAUGAGUUUCUAACAUCUUUUGCAGUAGCCUACAAGAACUGCAAGGAUAUGAAUCACAGAAUGACAAUUGUACUUUGUUUCAUUAUUGGUGUGUCUGUGAAGGGCUCUAAUAUAUUAGCCAUUAAUAAGAAUAAUCUAGCAUGUCAACAAAUUACAGCACAGCAGUGUAGCUAUCAAAAACAAGAGGCUCUGUUGCUAUCAGUGUUGGUUGCUGUGAAAGAUCUUCACUUCAACCAUGAUGUUACAUUAAAGAGCAUUGGUCCCAAAAGGUGGAUGAAUAACCUAGCUGACUUACUUAUAAAACAUAUGCUUAGGACAGCAUCAGGAGUCCAGUGUUUGCAGACAUUAUUGCAAAUCAGUCCCAAGGAUGUGGUCGACUUGAUACUGAAUAAUUUUUCUCCGAUUGUUAAAUGUGUAAGUAACGCAGUAAACCCUGAUGAUUAUGAUACUUCUAAGGAUCUUGCUUCCGCCACUGAUGAUUUGCUCUGUGAGGUGCUGCAAGUGUAUAGUCAACUUCAGGAAGCUCCCAGUAUGCUUGUAAACAUCCUCCACUCUCUUUUGAAGAUGCCAAAAGGAAUAGGAAAACGCACCAUCAUACCUGAAUCCCUUUACAUCUACGAUGGAACACUACUGCUUCCUCCCAGGUUCAUGUCCCAGCUAAUGAAAGUAUUCAGUAAUCUAGUGCAUACAAAUGUUAUAGCAACAUGGAACGUUUUUCUCACUCUUAUGACAGAAAAAUUUACAACACUGUUGGAAGAAUCAGCACAAUAUAGGAACUUUAAAUUAGUUACUGUGGCAGUGUGGCUCUUGUCAUGUCUCUUAAGGGCCUUUCCCAUCAUGGAAAUAGUGUCUGUAGCAGGAGUCUGUGAGAAUGUUGCCCAACUUAUGAUUCAGACAGCCCGAGAUGGAAUUCAGCGUUUAGUUUCUAUCAUGCUCACUCUGCCUCAUAAUAAUGAUCUAUGUGGUAGUUUGCUGAUUUUGUGCCAUACUUGGGGAGAGUUACAUAUUGGCUUGUGCCAGUUAGAUAAGUAUGUGGAAUACCCAGAUGUAUCACCAGUACAAAUGCCAGAGCCCAGCCAACAAUCAGCUGACUUUUCCUAUGUUCUGCCUUUCAUUUCAUCAGAUAUAUGGGCUCAGAUAUCAGCACGAGUAGUUAAUUUUGGAAACCAGCCAACACAACUAGCUAUGGGAGCGCAAGCAGUCCGGGAAGCCACCUUAGCCACCCUGAAGAUAUGGGUUGGCGGUUUUGGGCGCAACUCCGCCAAGGGCCAACCUUACAUCCUGGCCCAGGACAUGGCCACCCUUAUCUUCCCAGGGAUGAAGAAGGGAUCUGUGGUGGAUCCGGAAUUGGCCGCUCCUCUGAUCGCCAGGAUCCAAGAGGCAAAUGCAGCUCUUACGGAGGAAGGCAUCGGUAAGAAUGGUAGCAAGGCAGGUUUACUAGGGGGUCAAGGGUUUUCCUUGAGUCCAUCUUUGUCUUCUUCUCCUACUACUACUUCCUUCCAGGGGUUCGCCGAUAGACCGCAGUUGGUUAGACCGAAGUCCUUGUUGGCAAUCUCUAAAAUUAAAAGUAAGAAAGACUUCAAGUCGAAGCAGAAGUCCCUGCCGAAGAGGUCAGGAACCAAGCUUGCCACUACGCCACCGGCUCAUAAUCCCGGGGCAGUCAAGCCAAAAGUCACUCUCCCACCAAAGGGAUCGAGGACCAAGGUUCCCAAGGAGAAGGCUCAGCCUUCCUCCUUUGACCCUGAUACUUUCUCAGACAAUAUCAUGCAGCGGAUGGGCAACAUGGUUGGGGACUUGGUCCAAACCAAGUUCCAGGAAAUGUUGACCCAGCUGUCAACUACGCUGGAAGCUUCGGGACAAACUAUCCAAUCCUUGUCGGAAGGAUAG